AUGGGGCAGAAAGGUGGUGCUAUCUGGGCUGAAGAAAGUGACGGAGGCAAAGCAAGGGGGGAACCAUCAAGGGACUUUGCAAAGCUUUAUGAACUGGACAAUGAUCCUCAGAGAAAAGAAUUUUUGGAUGAGUUGUUUGUCUUUAUGCAAAAACGAGGAACCCCAGUGAACCGCAUUCCCAUCAUGGCCAAGCAAGUGCUGGACCUGUACAAACUUUAUAAACUGGUGACAGAGAAAGGAGGCCUGGUGGAAGUUAUAAACAAGAAGAUCUGGAGAGAGAUCACUAAAGGACUCAACCUGCCAACCUCAAUCACAAGUGCUGCCUUCACUCUACGCACACAGUAUAUGAAGUACUUAUAUCCAUUUGAGUGCGAGAAGAAGGGUCUGAGCUCUCCUGUGGAGCUUCAGGCUGCCAUUGACAGUAACCGCAGAGAGGGCAGACGUCCCAGUUACACCAACAGCUUGUACCGCUAUUCCCCCUCCCCAGGGUCUGCCCCCCACGCCCUGCUCACCUCACCCACCCUCCAGGCCACUCCGACCGGGCACAAUGGCAUCAGCGCUUCUGCAAGCCCCAAUCUCAAGAGAAGUGCAGAAGAAGCUACACCUUCUCUGCUCCCUGCUCGGCUGCCCAUGGCCCUCGCCCUGGGGCAGCAGCAGCAGCAGUUGGCGCAGGCUGCAACUCUGGAGCACCUUAGGGAGAAGCUGGAGCGCGGAGCUGGAGGAGCGCAAGACGGUCCAGAGAAGAAGAUGAUACGAUUGGCCGAGGAGCAACAGCGCCUCAUGCAACAGGCCCUACAGCAGAAUCUCCUGGCCAUGGCCUCCCAUUUCAAACCUAUGAACCUCAAGCUCAAUAAUGGCCAGGACAAUAAGCAGGACAUGUCCUUCUCCAUCUCCACUAAUGGGUCAGCCAGUAUCAGUGUGUCAGUGGAGGUCAACGGCACAGUUUACUCAGGUACCCUUUAUGCCCAGAAGGCGUCAGCUCCUCCCGUGGCCUCACAAACAGUCACUGCAGCAGGCACCAGCGGAUUCAGUGCCCUCUCCUCUAACCUAUCCCCCUCCUCUUCCUCUUCACCCUCCUCCUCCAAGGGACCCAACUAAAUCUCACCCACAAAUAACUUAACAUACCUCUCUUGUCAGAUAACCACGCAACCUCAACUUUACAAUGUUCAAGUGGCUUCCCUCUCAGGAAAUGUUUUCUUUAUCUAAUAUUUAUAGCAAUGAUUUUGUAUUUUUUUUCUCUCAUAGCUAUUUUAUUUUGCAAAGGGAAGCAAGUCAGAGACCAAACAGUUACAUCUGAACAAGAUAUGCGAUUCAAAUCGAUUUCAAGUGCACAGUCUGAAUGUAACUCUUCAAUAUUCAGGGGAUCUCUUCUAGUUGUGAUAUAUUAACCUCAAAUCAUCAAAGCUUCAGGUAUCAGAUUGCCAUAUAGUGCCUGGUCAGAGUUUUAAUGUAGUGGCAUUGUUUUCUAAAGGGCUGUCCUGAUUGGUCAGAAUUGUCUGUAGAGAACAAAAGAGAAAUUCAAUCUGGAUGUGUAGGUGUCAACUACUUUAACAGCUUGGUUUAUGAUACAGUUCUUGUCAAUAGAACAAUGAGGUCUCCAAAGUGUAGCUAACAAAGACCAAAAAGCCUUAUUUCCUGUCUCCUCUUAUGUGUGUAUAUAUAUAUAUAUAUAUAUAUAUAUAUAUAUAUAUAUAUAUAUAUAUAUAUAUACAUAUAUAUAUAUAUAUAUAUAUAUAAUAUAUACACCAUUAAGUGUCCCUGUUAACUUGGCGUGUUUAAGGCAAUCUUAGUCAUGUUCACAACCUAUUUCUGCAAAACUUUGUACAUAAAAAGUGAAAUCAAGAGUGUUGGUGGAAUUGGUUAAUGGAUUUUUAUAAUAUUUUUUGGUUUGGUUUUUGAUAUUGCACUAAUGAUUUGACUUGGCCUCAAUAUAUACUCAAAAAUAUGUCUUAGUUUUGUCUGUAAUCAAAAAGGCAAGAGGAUUGGGUUUUUGAUACACAAGGUUUCUUCUGAAUGUAGAUGUAACAAUGUACCUCAGUUUAUGCAGCGCUCAGGAAGUUUUACCGUUCACUGUUAUACUAUAUACUGCUGAUGUAUUUUAUAAAGACAGGGAAUGUGUCCUUAAUAAUAAAAUAACCUCAUUUAUUUACACACUCUGAAACAGUGCUACCUCACACUUCUAGAGAAAUAUGCAAUACUUUUCAGCAGCAUUUGUUUGUUGGCUAAAAGUAAACUGUAAGUGGACAAUCAAGAUGACAUAUCAUUGCAAAUGUCACUGUGAAAUAUAUAGAGAACCUUAUGUAACCUCAGUUUUGUCACAAUUAUAAUGUAUUUCUUGGACCUGCCUGUGGCCAUGAAUAAAACAAUCGUGUGUGCUGU